CAAAACCGGAGUCGCUCGCUUUAUAUGUCGACAAACCGUCAAGUGGCGACACGACACGACGAGCACUACCUUUGAAGUUUCCGACAAAAACGAGUUUGAUAAAUUGAAAGACAAACGCGUAUUCUUCACCCAUUCCAUUGUCUUCUGUAUAUUUUCCACAGUUUAUGUGUUCUCUCUCUCUCUGUGGUUCAUAAUCAUAAACAUUAUUGCUUAAUUCUUCGUGGCAUCCUCUGUUUUAUUCUUUUGACUCUUAAAGUUUUAAUCCACACUGCUUGUAAGACUCGAUCUCUCUGCCUCAUUAUUCACCAAUGGUCUUUGGAUCGUUCUUCUCUUCUCUCAAGUUCUGGGGAAAUUCUCAGGAACAAGAACCACAGAGAGGGAGGAUGCAGGAGAUAGAUCUAAGCAUCCACACAAUAAGAAGCCACGGAGGCAGCGUGGCCACCAAACACAAACACGACUGGAUCAUACUAAUAAUCUUAGUCGCAAUCGAGAUCGGCUUACAACUCAUACCUCCUUUCUACAGAUACGUUGGUAAAGACAUGCUAACAGAUCUCAAAUACCCUUUCAACGACAACACCGUCCCCGUCUGGUCAGUACCAAUCUACGCUGUCCUCCUCCCUAUCAUAAUCUUCGUCUGCUUCUACAUGAAGAGAACAUGCGUGUACGAUCUCCACCACAGUAUUCUCGGUCUUCUCUUCACGGUUUUGAUUACUGGUAUCAUCACUGACUCCAUCAAGCUCGCAACGGGACGUCCUCGUCCCAACUUUUACUGGCGUUGCUUCCCUGAUGGUAAAGAGUUGUACGAUGCUUUGGGGGGUGUGAUAUGUCAUGGUAAAGACGGAGAGGUUAAAGAAGGUCAUAAAAGCUUUCCGAGUGGACACACGUCUUGGUCUUUCGCUGGACUUGGUUACUUGUCUCUCUACUUGUCUGGUAAAGUAAAGGCGUUUAAUAGAGAAGGGCAUGUGGCGAAGCUUUGUCUUGUGUUUGCUCCUUUGCUUGCUGCUUGUCUUGUGGGGAUAUCACGUGUGGAUGAUUAUUGGCAUCAUUGGCAAGAUGUGUUUGCUGGUGCUCUUAUUGGUUUGUUUGUGGCGGGUUUUUGUUACCGUCAGUUUUAUCCUAAUCCUUACCAUGAAGAAGGGUGGGGUCCUUAUGCUUAUUUUAGAGCGGCUCAGGAACGUGGACAAGCGCAGAAUGGGGAUGUGUUGAGGACUAUGUCUUUGCAGGUGGAAUCAACUUCUCUUGAAAACAUGGAAUCUGGUGCGAACUCCAUUCGAAGAUGAUUAGUUCUUCCUCUGCUUUCAGCAUUUGAUUCAUUAUUUGUUUUUUUUUGUCUUCAUUUUGGUCAUUUUUGAGAGUUUGUAGUUUAUUGAACCUCUACUUGUACUCUUUACAUUUGUAAGUAAAUCUACUCUUCUUGGUUUUUGGCAAAUUUUUUAGAAGAGUUAACAAGAUGACACAAUAUAUGAAGAAUCUCCG